AUGGGCAAGAUUUUGCAGAAGAAGAAGAACCGGUCCGGUCUCUCCAAGGCUAAGGCCAAGAACAACCGCCGUAAAAACGGCCACAAGAAGAUCAAUGUGCUCGGCAACGCCAUCAUCGCCGACAACUGGGACUCCAAGUUGACUCUCACUCAAAAUUACAAGAAUCUCGGUCUGCUGCACAAGCUUAACGCCCCUACCGGUGGUAAGGAGCGCCUGCCCGGCCAAGAAGCCCUCCCCAAGACCUCGAACUCGCUCCACAUUACUGGCACCGGCCAAGCCGUUGAUCAGAUCGACGUGACCGAAACCAAGGUUGAGCGUGACCCCGAGACAGGCAAAAUUUUGCGUGUUAUCCGCGCCGACGACGAGGAGAUCGAGGUUGCAGGCCGCAAGCGCCGCCGCGCGAACCCGCUCAAUGACCCUCUGAAUGACCUGUCUGACAAUGAGGUUGAGAUUCAGACUCUUCCCAGCUCAAAAAUAGUCCAGCAGCUCGAGCGCCAGGCAGAUACGGAGGGACAGGGUGCCAAGGCGAAGAAGCCCCGCCACCAGAGCUCCCGGGAAGGCGAGUGGAUCGCGCGGCUGAUCGAAAAGCAUGGCGACAACGUCUCAGCUAUGGUUCGGGACCGUAAGCUGAACCCCAUGCAGCAGACCGAGGGUGAUAUCCGGAGGAGACUCAAGAAGUGGCAGAAGAGCCAGGCGUAA